AUGGACAUCCUCAUUUACGAACCGAUCGAUCUCGAUCGUCCCGCAUUCCGACUUCUACAGUUACUACGAGGCAAAGGGCCGACUAUCGAGUGUAUGCUGUAUCAGGCCUACCUCGAUGGUACCGACACUGUUCCAUACGAUGCUUUAUCAUAUACUUGGGGCGGCACGGACAAGACUUCUACUGUGAUAGUCAAUGGGAAGACAUUUGAUGUUACUAAAAACCUACACUCAGCCCUUCAACAUCUUCGCUCGGAAGAUAUAGACAGAGUACUCUGGGUUGAUGCUAUUUGUAUCGAUCAAGACAACGAAAGGGAGCGAGGACAUCAAGUUCAACAGAUGUGCAAGAUCUAUUCGCAAGCGGAGGAGGUAAUUGUCUGGUUGGGCCAAGCAACUGAGGAAACCAAUAUCCUUAUGGACUCUCUUCGGCGACUGGACGGAUAUAGUUUGAUGCAUGGGCACAGACACUGGGACCUGGCACAGUGGACCACAUUCUGGCUAUUAGAUCUUCGAGAUCCAGGUUUUGAGCCACACAAAGGCCUGGAUCUGCUCUUAAGGAGAUCGUGGUUCAGAAGAGUCUGGAUCUUGCAGGAAAUAGCCAAUGCGAAGAAAGCAAGUGUCUGGUGUGGCACCAAGUCUGUCAGAGCACAUACCUUUGCCCUUGCUCCGUCGCUCAUAGGCAUUAAACCAGAACGUCAUUGUCAAGCCGUCUUGGACAUCAUGCCUGGCCGCUUACGGGAAGAGUCCUGGUGGAGCGAGAACAGAGACCUGUACAACCUCCUGCUGAAGUUCAGCGAGAGCGAAGCGAGCGAUCCACGCGACAAAGUCUACGCCUUACUGGGAAUAUCCUCUGACGCUUGGAACGCUAAUAGUCUACGUCCAGACUAUACGAAAGGUCUUCAGGAAGUCAUCCGUGAUACUUCUUUGUUCUUGUUUGGACCAUCAGAUGUUUCCUACGAGACAAUGCCAGAGCUCUUAGAGGAUCUUACCUCUCGAAAUGCUACAUCUUUCUUAGAAGUUGUAAGAACAUCUGAUAUAAAAGGAGUAGAACAUUUCCUAGUGCGGCGAGGACUCGAGGUACCACUAUCAGAGGAUAUGAUCAAAGGCGCUGUAAGAAACGAAAAAAGUGGGAGGGAUAUCAUGCGUCUUUUUCUCCAAGAACGCAGAGGCGAAGUUAAGGUAACAGAAGCAGUAGUCAAAGCCGCUGUAAAAAAUGUGAGAAACGGGAGGGACAUUAUAACCCUUCUUCUUCAACAAUGCGACGACGAAGUUCAGAUGACAAAAGUGGUUAUCAACGCGCUCCAGGCGGCUUCAGCUGGAGGCCACAAGGCGGUGGUGAAGUUGCUGCUCGACAAGGGCGCCAAGACUAACACCGAGG